CAAAUGAUUAGCAACACAAAACACUUGGAGAAUUAUUUUCUCUAUAUUUCCAUAACAAAUAAUAUAUAAAUAAAAGCCUAUUGGCCUGCUCAAACUGUGCUUGUGCUUAUUAACGGGCUACGCGUCGCGGUAAUCAAAACCGUUGCUAAUAUACAGUGUAAAAGUAUUUUUAAAUAAUUGACUUAAAAAGUCGAAUAAAAUGCAAUAAAAUGAUUGAAAUCAAAGCAAAAUUAGUGCGUGCAGAUUCCGCAAUCUAUGCGACGGGCGAAUGUGUCGAGUGUUUAAUAGAGUUCACCCACAAAACUUUUGCCGAGUCAACGGAUCGAAAUGCCAACACAACAAACUUGGAGAAUCUGGCCUGGGCUUCGGUGCAGUUGCAUUGCUAUCGCAAAACUAGCUACAGUACGCCUUCGAAUGACAAGACCGCCGAGCUGACCGAGCUCAUUGGACGUACAGCGUUGGAUGCAGUAACUCAAGCGCCAGGCGAAGUCAUUGUAACCACCAAGCCGAAGAUUCUCUUUUGCGAUCUAAAGCUGCAGCCGGGCGAGACCAAGAUGUAUUUCUUCAAUGAGAUGGUGCCACGCGACGGUCCGCCAACAUAUCGUGGUCAUGACAUUCGGUAUUUCUACAAGAUCACCAUUGCCACACAGCGCGUAAAGUCGAAGGUACAGACGCUAACGGUCCCCAUCCGUGUGCUGCCCAUUCCAUUGAUAGCAAGACCGGAUGAAUUGCCUGUCACGGUGGAGACGAAUGAGGAGCUGGCGCCGACGAAUCCGUUUUUGGAGAAGCGCGAGAUCAGCGAACUGGAAAUCAGCUGGCAUCACUUAAAGAAUGUGACUGCGAGGCGCGCUCCAAAGUUCUACAGAAUCUCGAACAAACGAGGAUUCGUGGGACGCUUUUGCUUGUUUAAGCCCGCCUACAAGCUGGGCGAGGAUAUUGUGGGCAGUCUGGACUUUGGCAACUGUCAGGUGCGUUGCGUGCAGUUCUCCGUGAAGCUGCAGCAACAGGAGCUGCCCAUUAGACCACAACCAGAUGCAUUGCAACCCGCAACACCAAGCGAUGAUGUAUCCUCACUGAACUCUUUUGAUAUGGCGAGCAUUGCUAGCGGCAUUGCUGUGGAUAAUCUGCACAAGUCGGAAACAUCGGGCAGUGCACGCAACAAGGAUGAGCAUGUACCUACUGGCAAACUGAGCACGAUUUCCACCUCGCAUCAGGUUUGUUAUGCAACGCUGCAGACGCAAGUUGUGGUUCCCAUUCCACUGCAUGUGACACCCACGUUUCGCACGGAUCUGGUGGAUGUUAAGUGGCGGCUGCACUUCGAGUUCGUCACCAGCGUCAUGAUGGACUUUGGCACUCCAAAUCCAGUCGCGGGGGAGUUGAAAGCGCCCGCGGAGCUACCUGUUGAAACCAUGGUGUGGAAUUUGCCGGUCACUAUUUAUGCGGCGAAUCCUUUGCAGAUUUAUGCGCCAAAUCAAACGUAUAAUCUCUUGAUUAAGUGAUGACUAGAAAAAUGUUUGUAAAUAAAGCAAUUAUGAUUCACAUGAUGCACUGGUUU